AUGAUCAAAGUUGGGCCAAUAGGAGGAAGUGGUGGAUCAAUUUGGGAAGAAGAAUGUGAUGAAUUAGCUGGAAUUUUUGUUUUGUAUGACCAAGACACAGUUUAUUCACUUCAGUUCCGGAAUUAUGUGGAUGGGAAGUUAGAUAUGUCAACUAAACAUGGUACUCGUAAGUGUGAAAUCUACCGCGCGGUCAUCUUGGAUUAUCCAUCAGAAUUUCUUACUUCGAUAAGUGGUUCAUUUGAACGUGUCACCAAAAAGUUAACAGUGUUAAGAUCAAUAAGAUUUGACACCAAUAAAGGUUCUUAUGGACCUUUUGGUACCCCAGCAGGUGAUGUUGAGUUCAAAUUUAUGAUAGGAAAUCAUCAGUUAUUUGGUGGUUUUCAUGGCAGCAAGAAUUCUGAUGGCAUUGAGAGUAUUGGUUUUUAUGUGAAGGACAUUCCCUAUUCUGUGAUCAAGUUGAAAGAUUCUCCAGGGAAGGUCAAAAAGGUAAAAAAUGAAAAAUAUUAA